AUUAUUAUCAUGCUUCAUGCACGCAUACAUUGACUACAUUCACACCAAAGUUCAGUCCUCAAGAGUUUGUUUUAAAAUAUUCCCUUCUGCCUUCUUAGAACAGUUUUUACUCUCUACUCCUUUCUCUUUCUAUGAUAAUUAUAAUUUAUACAGAUACAAGUUAUUACAAAGUGCUGCAGGCGUGGUUAUAAAGCAUAUGAUUCUGAUCAAAAUGAUAAGGGUUGCUGCAUUGGUCCUCCUAAUUCUCUUUUACAGAGUAACAAGCUUGUCAUCACUCCAAAAAGAAGAUGACAUUAUUUCAUCUAAAGAGAAGCUCUCCGUCCUUCUCCUUCAUUCCAUGUUUCCUUCUCAUUUUCUUCCACUCCUCUCUCUAGGAGCAGAGUUAUCUUCAAGAGGUCAUAAAGUCACCACCCUAGGCCCUGUUCUCGAAGGUUACGAAAAUUUGUUUAUAAAGAGAGCUCAAAGUUUGGGGUUGGAGACCAUUGAAACGAACAUGGUAUCAGCAGAGACCUUUAAAAUGUACAGUCAGUCUGCAGAACACGAGGAGGGUUUCAUCAGUACUGUGAAGUGGAUAUACAAUAUGUCCCUCUUUUUCACAAGUCCUUCCUUUAAGAAAGAGAACUACCUUGUUAAAAUGCGGGAGACUAUUGAUGCACUGAAUGGUAGCGAUUAUGACUACGUAAUAUCAGAGCAUGCAACAAUGUCUUUACUUUAUUAUACUCAAAGGAAAUGGUCUAUUGAAGAUAUCAUGCUAGUAACUGUGGUGCCAGAUUUUAUUGCAAGGUCUAUUGUCCCGUGGCCUUAUCCAAGUCUUUUGAUUUCUUCAAGCGAUGAUAUGAGUUUUGUAGAUCGACUCCUAAGUGCUUUAUUUUUGCCCUUGGAAACAUUAAUGAUGUCUUUUUUAGGAAAGGCUCUUUUUGUUGCAGAAGAUGAAUGUUACUUGCCUUCUUCAAAUCCACUAGAAGUGCUCUUAUAUCAACCUACACUGUAUACUACUGUGAUUGGAAUUGAGCUACCACAGGUUAUAUUACCAUUGCAGCAUUUCCUAGGCCCAUUGCUCCCUCCUGAUCAUUCUCUUCUUGAUUCAAGACUCUCAACGUGGUUAGAAAACACUUCUAAUGCCCAUUCUCCAGUCAUUUAUAUUAGUAUGGGCACAACGGUGUUUAUUAACAGGGAAAUGGCUGAGGCUCUGCUCAAACUUUCUUCAGAGUACAGGCUAGUGUGGUCUCUUCGUAAGUCAAAUCAGCACGUUCUUUUAGGAUUAAAUAUUGACAAUAAAACUGUCUAUGUAGCACCAUGGGUAGCUCAGUUUACAGUGCUUGGGCAUUCAUUAGUUAAAUUGGCUAUACUCCAUUGUGGAAUCAAUGGAAUUCAAGAAGCAUUCUAUAAUGAAGUCCCUGUACUAUGCAUACCUGGUGGAGCUGAUCAAUAUUUCCUCGCCUCAAGGCUGAAGGUGAAAAAACUUGGUCUCUGGCUGAACGCUAAAGAUGCAAAUGAAGACAAUUUGAAACGUGCAAUCAGCACUAUAUUGGUGAAAGAAAAAGACCAAUUCAAGAAAAAUACAAAGAAAAUGAGUGCUUUGUUCAAAGCUGCAGGAGGAGUCAAGAAAGGUGCUGACCUUGUUGAGUUGUAUGCUGAGAUUGGAUACAAACAUGGCCUACCAUCAUUCAUACGCUACGAAUGGAACUUCAUACAAUAUUACAACAUUGACGUGUGGUGUGUCUUAGUUAUAAUAUUGAUAGUGGGACUGAUGGGGUGUAGACUGUGCUGUGGAUGCUUUUGCAGGAGAUUCUGUUGUUGCUGCUACUGCUGGAGGCAGAGUAAGGAGAAAAAAACAAAGACUGAUUAAUGUUCUCAAUUUUUUAUUAA